AUGUAUGUGUUUGAGGAACCAUUUUAUAUUUGUGGUCAAGUGUUAGACGAAAGCGAUGAAAAACAAGAGUCGGGUGGAUGGUUUAUAAGGUCGGAUGAUGAAGAGGAUAUGUCAAUGGUUAAUAUUGAUUUGAGUCAUCUCCAUCAGUUUUCAUUAUUUUCUGGAAAGAUUGUUGCAAUGAAGGGUACUAACAAAGAUGGUUCACUGUUCGUUCCUUCUGAAAUAUUCGAGCCUGCAAAAAUGCAGUUGUCGUCGAUUGUAAAUAAAUCAGUUGUCGAUCAACUUAGUAUUUGGUGUGCCUGUGGUCCAUUCACAUCGAAUGAUACACUUUCAUACGAACAACUUUACGAUUUACUCUCAUUGGUGAAGCAGCAAAAACCGAAUAUUCUAAUUUUGAUGGGUCCAUUUGUCGAUCGUUCAAGCAAAGCCGUUUUAUCACCUCAGUUUAAUAUGAAAUUUUACGAUCUCUUUGAAAAUCUUCUACUCAAAAUCAGUGCAAUGAUGGAAGAUACGAGUACGAAAUUAGUUCUAAUUCCAAGCUUCAAAAAGGACGCUACUGUGCUUCCAAUAUUUCCGUGUGCAUCUUUUGAUGUGCGACCCGAAUGCAAGAAGAUUUUAAGCAAGAACAUAACGUUCGCAAGAGAUCCAUCUCAACUGCGUAUAAAUGGCGUGAAUGUUGCAAUAACGAAUUCAGAGAUAAUCCAAACACUCAGCAGAUUCGAAGUGUACAAAUCAGAGACACAAGAUGAACAUCGAAUGCAGCGUAUAAUAUCGCAUCUUUUCAGUCAACGUUCACUGUAUCCACUAUACCCGGCGCCAUCGGAUACUGCACAACGAAUUGACGAAACGAUCAGAGAAUGUUCAUUAAGUUGUAUACCUCAUAUUAUGAUUAUGCCAUCUAUGUUAUCACCAAUGAUCCAAGUGAUCGAUGGAUGUUUGUGCAUAAAUCCGGGAAUAUUAGUUCGUGGUAGUAGUGGAACGUUUAUGGAGAUGAAUAUCGAUAUGAAAAUGAUUCAGAGUGCAGAGACUGAUCAACACAAUUGUUCCAUUGCUGAUUAUUGUGAAAUUAAAAUUUUACGGAUUUAA